GAGAAGAACAAACAUACCAAUACGGUCGACGAACAGUGCGAAAUUCAAAAUCAAAACAGAGAAAAUUCAAAAGGAUUAUCCGAUAAUGAAAGUGCAGAUGAAUUUUUAGAACUGAAAAUCGAGGUUAAUCCCGAAAAGGUAGCAAAAAAAGAGACUAACAAAACUGCAACUUUUAUUCAGCCUGACUUAUUAUCUAGAAACGAACGACAUAGUAUUAGACAAUUUAAAACACGUUCUGGUAUCAACAAGCAAAAGAGUUUGCGGCAGAAAUUACUCAGAAAAUUGGGACCAAAAGUUUCACUGAGUAAUAGUACUCCGGAUUUAAACGCAGCCGUUGAAAACGAAAUAAACCAAGACAACAAUAUAUUGGAUUUAUCGCAUACGGAAGAAACAGAUUCCCCGACGCAUGAGAUAAAACUAAGGCGUAACACUGCUUUUAGGAACGAACUUAAACCGCCCAAAACUACUCAACUAACUCGGUGUCUUUCGGAAAGCGACCUAUUGGACGCCGAAGAAGAGGUUGACGGACGAAACAUGAGGACUUUCAAAAAUGUACGCAAACUUACACAAGACACAUUUAUGGAAACAUAUGGAGUUGUGCCGAGUAAAAGAAAUGGAAAAGUAACCGGCAAGAAACAAAAACGACAUUCCACAAUUCAGGAUAUAAAUAAGAACGAUCUUCCCGGAUUCACGCUUUACGUUGACGAGAACAAGUACCUAGAAGAUAUCACCGAUAAAAGACGACCAAGUUCAAGCGAAAGUAGUUCAGGCGAAAGCUCGUCAUACCAAGCUUCUAUUACAACAUCUGAACCACCGACGCCAUGUUCUGAUAUCCAGAAAGCAAAAUUGAGCAAAUCAAAAUCGGACAAUAUUCAUACAGUCAUCAGAAGACCAAAAAGUACCGGAUCGGAGGGCAGUGACGGACGACAUUCUGCGAAAGAGUCAUCUAGAAACAGCUGGAUAGCUUCACUCACACCACAUUUUGCGCGUAAAACUCACAAAGAAUCGUCUACGAUUUCGGCUUCAUCAAAAUCCUCUAGUGGUCAAGCUUCCAGAAAAGCGGUUUUUUGCCUUCCGGCGACGAACUUGACUUCUGCAGCACAUAGAGGUUAUUUGGAUAGAAGAAAUAAGAAAAAGCAAUGGGAUAGAUUUUGGUGCGUACUUCAAGAUUCUUGUCUGUACUGUUACAACUCUCCACAAUCAGAAUAUACAGAAGACGCCGUCGUUUUACGUGGUUAUGACGUCAUCGCCGACGUAACAAAUUUGAAUAGGACACGUUUUCCAUUUCGCCUUGAACGAAACGGGUCGCCAACUCUACAUUUCAGUUCGGACAACCACAGAGAUUUUUUACUUUGGGCUGGAACGCUGGAAAAAGAAACUAGCAAUGUACAGAUCGGUUCAACAGACAACGAGGUGCUGGUGAACAGUGUAAGAUCUACCACAAACUUUUUAAGGCCAGAUAGCAACCAGCAAACCGGAGAAGAAAACACCAAGCCUAAAACAGUUGAAAGCGUUACCAACAAGGCGCCAUUCGAAACUCAAAAAGAGAAUUUAUUAAGAGAAGUCCUUGCUCAUCAACACAAUUAUAUAGAAGAAGAGAAACUUCUGCAGAAGAAGAAUGUCAACGCACAAAUCUCAAUUCUUCCUUCCGCAACUCGAUUCUCAAAAGAUCAGGUGAACGAGAAAUAUAGUCGCGCAAAAGAAGAAGAGGAAUUAAAAAUGCUAAAAUGCCUCACCCAUUUAAACAAAAGAAGAAAUUCAGCCCAGCUUAAAGUUGACCAAAUCACAAAACAACUGGCUCCAAAAUCAGGUAGAAAGCGACGCGAAAAUCCUCAACAAUUUGCCGAAAUGGAAAACAAAUUGAAGGAAUUGCAAGAUCGUUUAGCCAUGGUCGAUAAAGAGAUCCAAGAAAAACAAGCAAUGAAACAGGACGUCAUUGAAAAAAUGCAGCAGCGUCGUGACUUGCAGCUUCUCAUUCUAGAGCAACAGGACAGUUUAGAUAUAAUACAUAGACAUCAAGCACAAAAGAAACGCACAGCAUUCGCUCAACAGACGCAAUCACAAGAAAGUAACGAAAGAUUAACUUCGAUUGACGAAAUGUCAACUAUUUCAGAUUGUUCCUCAACGUCGUCAAACUCUCUUCCCGACCAUCUAACUCUGCCUUUGGAAUCCAGAACGUCGUCUACGCCCCGACAAAGACGGGUUGGACGAGUAGAUAUAAACGAAGGCAAUACUGCACCUGCUCAUGAAGGCGACAGUGGAUUUCACCGAAGUUCCGAUAUGGACGAGCACGACGUUAGUACAGCGUUGAGCAAUGAUUUUAGAUCCAUUUCUACUUCGUCCGAAAACGAUGAAUCUUCGGACAAAAAAUCGUCACGCGUGCGCCAUCCAACAGAUCCUAACAGUAACAAAAGCGCUAGCAGUUUAGAAGAAGCCACAUCACCAACAAGAAAAGACGAAAUCGAUCCUUCAAUAUUAGCCGAUAUCGAAGAUUUUCAAUUAUUUUCAAGACAAAAAUUGGCGAAAAUAAACAACAACAAUAACUCCUGAUUUUCUGCAAUUUUAUUUUUUUUUCAAAUUUUUACAACCAAAUUUACAUUUACACACUUCCAAAAUCACAUUCAUAAAUAAACCGACAUCUUACAUGACAAGUACGAAUCUCUAAAAAUCAUUCCAUAAAUACUUUAAGUAUUAUGUUUAUACUGGUCAUAUACACUUUUUAAUAUAAUCAAAAAUACAAUUUUUCUUUCAUAAAACUGUAUGAAAAUUCAAUAAAGUUUAAAACUUACUUUUAAUUACGACAAAUCGCGACAAAUGUAUCUUUUAGCAUACACUGAAGACGUGGUGAUGUUAUUUGUAUCGACCACCAACGAUCAUACAUGACUAGAAAAUAAUUUUUUUUUUUUCAAUUUAUUCUAUCUACAUUUGCUUAUGUCAGCUGCUUCAAGUAUUUCUGGUUAAACCAAAUACUUUGCAAGUUUUUAAAAGCAUUUUAUCUGUAACCGUUAUUCGUUUUAUUUGAACCGAGUUUUAUGUUUAUGCAGUUCGAAACUACAUUUUAUUUUUAAUCUACACGCUUUAUUCUUUACUCCUAUGUUUUUGCAUUUUUAUUUCCCAUUUCUCUUCCUUUUGUAUUCUUUUGUUUUUAUUCAAAUUUUAAUAAAUUACAAUAACUA